UUCGAUCAGGAGAUAUAUUAUGCCGGUCAUGAGAGUGUCUGUGCUGUGUAAAAUAUAGACGAAAAGCAGAGGAACAUCGACAAUAUCAAUCAGUUCGUUCUUGUUCAAACGAACGAGAAAUAUUCAUCAGCUCAGCAGUCAACAGAAGAACAGCUAGCUUUUGCUGGCUACAGGCUUUAGCUGACAAUCCAGACCACAUCAUGGCAACCAUGUCGCAGCUCACGCGGCUCAUUGGUCAUGGUGCACAGCCGCGGACAUUUGCUCGCUUUUUGUCGCACAGGUUGACAACGAAAUCCAACACAAGAUGCCUUUUCGGGGCCAGCACCUGGAGUGGGAAGAACCGCGACCUGGCACCACCUCAGUGGACGACAACGGCAGGCACACGCUACCUGCCGAGCCCGUGGCUGUUCACAAGAAGCAGAAGCCUUUGCCACAAGUCCGCACAGCCGACCCCAGCACCAGUUGCCCCCAACAAGACAGACAUCAAGGCUUCUUCCACAACGACCACCGACCUCUUUGGGGAUGCCACUAACAUGGGGCUGUUCGCCAAGUUCAAGCACAUGUACAAGCAGUAUUGGUAUGUGCUGAUCCCAGUCCAUUGCGUGACAUCGGUCGGCUGGUUUGGCGGUUUCUACUACUUGUCGAAGAGCGGAGUGGAUGUGCCCUCGCUGCUGCAGUACGUGCAUCUUAGCGAGAACAUUAUCGAGAAGGUGCAGUCCUCCGACAUGGGACACUAUGCCAUCGCUUAUCUGUGCUAUAAGGUGGCCACUCCCUUGCGAUACGCUCUUACACUGGGCGGCACCACGGUGUCCAUCAAGUAUCUGGUGCAACGGGGCCACAUCAAGCCGAUUCCCAGCAAGAACGAACUGAUUAAGAUGUACGAGGACAAGAAGGCAACGCGCGCCAGUGCCAAGGCGGACAAGGCCGAGAAGGAUGGGAACAAAUGAUCGUUGGACAGUGGCAAAGCUGCCCUCGGGCAGCUGUUGCCAUUGUCCUUGCCGACCUCGAAACGUUUCGCUGCAUGCAAGCGGCUCGCAGUUGACUUGUUGCCUUUUUUGUUAAACUGUUGCCUUUUGCUUGGCAGACGCGGACGGGGGUACUGGUGCUCUACAAACAUAACUUUCCCUCGCCCUGGCCCUGGCCCUGGCCCGGCCCAAACCAAACACAGAACACAAAAGCCACCCGCCAGUGAUUGCUCAUCCGGGGAGCCGUCGCCAGGUGGCCGCCGCCUAGAAUGAGGACUAAUACCCCCUAAGCUCCCCGCCCCAACACGCUUAGAGCCUUGAAAAAUCUUAAAUAUCUUGUAAUUACAUAUAUUUGCAUAGUUCUCUGUUAGUUAUGAAAUCGUUUGAGGUCGCCGCAGAGGCACCCACAGACACACCUCCUCAGACACACAAGCACACACACACACAUGUGUUGCCGGAGAAGGGCUGCCAGCAGUAAAUAAAUUUAGCAGUUAUAUAUUUGUAAAUGUAAGAGUGAGUUGUCGCAAAACAAUAAUAGCUUAACUUUUAUUAAAUGAAAAUAAAAAUCGCAGUUCUGUUUUUUUCGUGGAACCCUGGCCCGAA